AUGGCGAAUUUGAUGGAUGAGGCAGAGUUUCCUAUUACAGGUUGUUCAACCUUUUCAGCUUUCCUAGUGCAGUAUUUGGCAACGGUCUAUCGUAUAAAAUGUUGGUCACUUGCUGUUAACCGAUGCGGUGCACAAGCGUUGUUUUUUCCGGUGCAUUUUGCCGAUUCGGAAAACAGGAUAAGGUACGACGUCACAGAACUGGCAGAGACGAGACGAUGCCACGCAUUCAACACAUUAUAUGACACCGGAAAGCAACUCUUUAUCGGAACAUGCGACAGUAGAGCAGACCGCGGCGUUGGUGUUUUCGCCGACAUAAGUUUGGCUAGAAACCUCGAUUCAUUCGAACAACUAACAGUGCAAAUCGGCCUUCUACAUCAAGCUGUGGCAAAAAAAGAGGCGACUGGUUCUAUAUGGACUAGGUGA